AUGAUCCAGGGCGUGUCUGAGAUCGCGGCGCUGUGCGUGGGCCUGGUGGGUCUGAUCGGAGCAGCCGCCGUCACCGGGAUGCCCAUGUGGAAGGUUACAGCCUUCAUCGGAGAGAACAUCAUCGUCAUGGAGACGCGCUGGGAGGGCCUGUGGAUGAACUGCUAUAGACAGGCCAACAUCAGGAUGCAGUGUAAGGUGUACGACUCUCUGCUGUAUCUCCCCGCAGACCUGCAGGCUGCCAGGGGCUUGAUGUGCUGCUCGCUGGCUCUCUCAGGGAUGGGUCUACUGGGGGCUCUAGCAGGGAUGCGGUGUACCUCCUGCAUCCGGGACAACGACCGCGUUAAGAGCCUCAUCCUCAUGGUGGCUGGAGGCAUGCAGUUACUGGCCUCUAUCUGUGUGUUCAUCCCAGUCUCCUGGACGGCUCACGCCAUAAUCCGUGACUUCUAUAACCCCUUGCUGAUCGAUGCCCAGCGCAGGGAGCUGGGAGAGGCUCUCUACGUCGGCUGGGUGACCGGAGCCUUCCUCUUGACCUCUGGGCUUCUCUUCCUCUGUCGCCGCGUCCACUCCAACAAAGCCUCGUUCGAUAUCUACCAUCCAGCCAACAGGAUCAACAAACCCACUCUGAUGCACUAUCAUCCUAUCUCCAGUGUUCUUAGCAUCGGGGCUCACCGCCAGCCCGGUCUGAUCCACCAACAAAGUCACAGCUUCGAUGCAUACCAACACCGCCAAGCUCCGAUUCUUCAUAACGUUCCUUAUGGACAACAAGGGGUCGUCAUGAACCCUCCUGCUGCUGUGUCUGACUCUAGCUUGGUGGAGAACGUUGGGCCGUCGGUCUAUCACCAUGGCAACCGACGUCAUGUUGACGGACACCAUCCCUCCACCUCUAACAGCUCCAACUACGUCAGCAGCCUGUCCACUCUGGCUAACUCCCUGUACAUCAGCCAACAGACUCCGUACUCCUAUAGCCACCUGACCGCUCCGUACACCACAUAUACCGGUAGUCAACAGACAAAUCCAUACUCCUACAGUCAUCCGGGAAACCUGUCCGUUUCACACAACUCCAGUUUCCAAGCCGUACCUCAGAAUCCUGUUUUUAUCGGGUAUAAGGCCUCCAGAGUUCAACCAUCGCAGUCUCACCACAACGGAAGCAGUGUUGGUGUGUACAUCUGA